GCUCUUAUAUUUCAAGUUAAAACUCCACCAGCUCCGAAUCAUAACCCUCGCACACUUCCCGAGAAAAAUAACGGCCGAGCUCGAAGUUGUGCAUUGCACGGUACUUUCUUCGAGAGUGACGAUGAUGAGACCAUCCGUGGUGGCACGGCCACGAAUGAGGCUUCCUGCCGGCGGCUGCUUCUUCUGUUUCGUAGUGGUACUUGGACUCCUCGUUAUGUACGAAAACUUCUGGUUCUUCUCCUCCACGCUCUCCUCAUAUCCUAUGGAUAUGGUGAAGGCCGAUGCAGGAGGAAAACGCAAUGUGGAUCUGUCUUCUGGAGUUUACCACUCAUGGAAGGUGUUCAAGACGGACUACGAAGAGAUGGAGAGGAAGCUGAGGGUCUUUGUGUACCCGGGGGGACACCGCACUCCAAGAAGGCUCACCGGCAAGUACGCGAGCGAAGGGUUCUUCUUCAAGAACAUUCGUGAAAGCCGGUUCGUCACACUCGAUCCCAAUGAGGCUCACCUCUUCUUUCUUCCCGUUUCUUGCCAUAAGCUGCGAGGCCAGGGAGUUUCCUGGGAAGACAUAACCAAUGGCAUCGGAGAUUAUGUUCGGAAUCUGAUGCUCGAGUUCCCUUACUGGAACAGAACACUUGGCGCGGAUCACUUCUUUGUGACUUGCCAUGACAUCGGCGUGAGAGCGACAGAAGGCGCUCCACUUCUUGUAAAGAAUUCGAUUCGUGUUGUGUGUUCUUCAAGUUAUAACAACGGGUAUAUUCCACACAAAGAUGUCGCCCUUCCUCAAGUGAGGCUGCCGUUUUCUUAUCCUCCCGGAGGAAAUGAUGUGAUCACCAGGAAGAUGCUUGGUUUCUGGGCUGGACGAACUGAUUCCGACGUAAGAUCUGCAUUAACGACCGUAUGGAAUGGCGAUGCUGAACUUGAUAUCCAAAACAGCCGAAAGAAUGGAACUACAGGGAAGCAUAACAAGUUUUAUGAGGCUAAAUUCUGCAUAUGCCCUGGAAAGUCGGAAGUCAACAGUCCAUGGAUAGCAGAGUCAAUCCGUUAUGGAUGUGUACCAGUGAUUAUGUCUGACUACUACGACUUGCCUUUCAAUGAUAUCCUGGACUGGCGAAAAUUCUCUGUCAUACUUAAGGAGAGUGAUGUCUAUCAGCUGAAGCACAUUCUUCAGAACAUUUCAGAUGCAGAAUUCAUGGCAUUGCAUCGGAAUUUAGUUAAGGUUCAGAGACACUUCACAUGGAAUACACCUCCGAUGCGGUAUGACGCAUUUCAUUUGGUCAUGUAUGAAGUAUGGCUUCGCCAUCACGCCAUCAAGUAUUGAUUUGUCCUUGUCCAUUCCAACCUUACCUCUGUACAUGAUGAUAUUCUUAAACCCGUCCUGUCUAUGAUCCUUUUGGCACAUUUUUUGAACCAAAGCGCAUGUAUAGCAUUGUAAUUGAUCUAAUUGCUCAUUUGAAGCUCCCACUUAGAAUAUUCUGGACAGAUGGGGAUUAUGUACAGUUGGCAAUGCCAUGCUUUUGAUAGCAGUUUACUCUCUUUUUGAGAGAAGCAUCCUUGUACUCUUCUUCCACAGAUGUUGUUCCUU